CGGGAGAGGCGGCCGCUCAGUCGUUUCCUGUAGCGGAAGUACCUAGCGUAGCAAUUAGCCUAGCUUCCUUUUCCUGUCGCUGUGGCCGAGGACCACAACGUGUCCUUUCGAAAUGGCGCUGUACAACUUCAAGAAGAUUAUGGUGGUUCCCACCGCCAAGGAAUUCAUCGACAUCACUUUAUCCAAAACGCAACGAAAGACGCCCACGGUGGUACAUAAGCACUACCAGAUCCAUCGCAUCCGCCACUUUUACAUGCGCAAAGUCAAGUUUACGCAGCAGAACUACCACGACCGCCUGGCGCAGAUCAUCACUGACUUCCCCAAACUGGACGACAUCCAUCCCUUCUACGCUGACCUGAUGAACGUGCUUUACGACAAGGACCAUUACAAGCUGGCCUUGGGUCAGAUCAACAUUGCCAAGAAUUUGAUUGACAACGUGGCUAAAGACUACGUGCGCCUGAUGAAGUACGGCGACUCUCUUUACCGAUGCAAGCAGCUGAAGCGAGCCGCUCUGGGUCGCAUGUGCACCAUCUUGAAGCGACAGAAGUCCAGCUUGGAGUAUCUGGAGCAAGUUCGUCAGCAUCUGUCCCGGUUGCCCAGCAUCGACCCCAACACUCGGACGCUGCUGCUCUGCGGCUACCCCAAUGUGGGCAAGUCCAGUUUUAUCAACAAAGUGACACGAGCGGACGUGGACGUGCAGCCCUACGCCUUCACCACCAAGUCGCUCUUUGUGGGCCACAUGGAUUACAGAUACCUGCGCUGGCAGGUGGUGGACACGCCCGGGAUCCUGGACCACCCCCUGGAGGAGCGCAACACCAUCGAGAUGCAGGCCAUCACAGCCCUGGCGCACCUGCGGGCAGCCGUGCUGUACGUGGCUGACGCGUCGGAGCAGUGCGGACACUCGCUGGCCCAGCAGAUGGAGCUCUUCAACAAUAUCCGACCGCUUUUUGCCAACAAGCCACUCAUCAUGGUGGCCAACAAAUGUGACGUGAAGAAGAUCAGCGAGCUCUCCGAGGACAACCAGAAACUGUUUGCAGACUUGUCGACGGAGGGCAUCCCCAUCAUCGAGACCAGCACGCUGACGGAGGAGGGCGUCAUCCAGGUCAAGAAUGAGGCCUGCGACCGUCUCCUGGCCCAGCGCGUGGACAGCAAGAUGAGGGGCAAGAAGGUCCACGACGUCCUCAACAGGCUGCACCUGGCCCUGCCCGCCAAGAGAGACAACAAGGAGAGGCCGCCGUUCAUCCCGGAGAAAGCGUUGAUGCGCAGGCGAGCCAUGGAAGUGGACGCGCCCAAGCGCAAGCUGGAGAGAGAUCUGGAGAUUGAGAUGGGAGACGACUACGUGCUGGACCUUCAGAAGUACUGGGACCUGAUGAACGACGACGAGAAGCAUGACAAGAUCCCUGAGGUGUGGGAAGGCCACAACAUCGCUGACUACAUCGACCCCGACAUUAUGAAGAAAUUGGAGAACCUGGAGAAGGAAGAGGAGCUGAAAGAGCGCGCCGGCGAGUACGACUCUGACGACGAGAGCGAGGGCGAGGAGAUGCACGAGAUCCGCGUCCUGGCCAAGCAGAUCCGCCACAAGAGGCACCUCAUGGUACUGCAGUCCAAAGAGAAGGAAGUCCAUGGGCCGCGCAUGCCCAGGACCGUCACCAAGGUUGAGCGAAAGAAGUUGGAGAAGGAGAUGGGUGACCUCGGCCUGGACAUGAGCGACAAAAACAACAGUCACUACGCCCAGAAAGCCCGCCAGUCCCGGAGCGUCACCCGCAAACGAAAGCGCGAGGAUUCGGUCACCCUGACGGUUUCCCAGACACGCAGCCAGAGUGCCUCUCGACCUCCUCGAGACCAAUCUGGAUUAAGGGAUGCAAAGAUGAUGAAGAAGACAAAGAAGAUGAUGAAGAACUCCCAGAAGGGCAUGAACCGCCAGGGCAAGAAGGGCGAGGCGGACCGACACGUCUUUGACCUGAAACCCAAACACCUGCUGGCGGGAAAGAGGAAGUCGGGAAGCACCAACCGCAGAUGAACUGGAAGACCGAGUCUGUUUGGACUCUUGCGACGUGUGUAGGAGAGAGAUGCUUCCACCCAACUAUGCUUGGAAUCGACACCAUACCCAAAUCAGAAAAUGAUUAUUUCCUUCUGUGUCCAAAAUUUAACUCAAUUGAUGGUUUUGUGAUUUGUGUCAGAGGUGGCCAAAUGGCUAAAGCUUUUGCCUUGAGUUCAGGAGACUUGGGUUUGAAUCUCGGUUAUUGCUCUUUUUCAUGUGUAAAUGUUCGAUACAGCGGGCGAUGGACUGGGUCGACUAUGUACCAGGCGAAAUGUUAUAUCAUUCGUUGUCAUGAAAUUUUGAUUUCUGAUCUUUAAGGUAUAUGGAUUGACUGACCUACAAAUACAGCAAACCGCUGCAGCUUUUUAAGCUCCACAGAUGGUCUUGUGGUAAAAGCUUUUGCCUUGAGUUCAGGAGAAACAAGUACAAAUGUCACACAUGCCUUUCUGUAAUAUGUACGUAAUAUGUAUGUUUUCACGGGGCGGGACUCAAACCUGACACUCCUGUAUUCCAGAACAAUAUUCUUUUCAGCCACCCUGGCACAGAAACUAAAAUUUUUAGGGUUGGUCAUUCAAUGCACCUGAAAGAUAUAAGCUGUAUUUCCAUGCAGCCCUUCAUGCAAUUGCAUGAAUAAAUAAAUAAAAUGCAAUUGGGACAGUGCUUGGUAUCCCUUAUCAAAUCCUCAACUGAGACUGUCCCGCUUGAA